AUGGCAGAGAGUGCCCCACGUCCCCACCUCCCCCCAUCCCUCAUAUGCACGAGAGGCUGGACAGUUUAUGGCCCGUCAAUCAUGCCACAAGUGGGCCAAGGGCUUGGAGUCAAGAUAUUGCUUGAAGAUUACAAUGCUGCCAAGGCAUGCGUUAUGGGGCCUUCUGUUGCAACUGUCAGCUUCUGCAAAUCUCCACCCGUGCACCUGGUGCUGAUUGUUUCAUUCUCACUGCCUCGGUGCCAUUUUGUUUUGCUGAGCGAGCCUUUCUUCCGACGGCAGUCUGCCUUGACGGCAGGCACAAUACAGCAGGUUGGGUGUAACUUGAUGGCUGACUGUUUGUCCAACGCGUGCCAAAUGAGUGACAUUUGCGCCCACCAAUCAAAAGGGAAAGCCUGGGAGAGGGCUGUUUCAAUCCAUAAAUCAUAUGAACAAAUCUGA